AUGGCAAAUGAUAAUAAUAAUGAUGGCAAUCUAAGCUUUGUUGAGCAACUUGAUCCUGGGCAAUCGUUUUGGAACAUCAAAGUUAGAUGUAUUAAGAAGUGGAGACAAAGCUAUAGGCAAGACUAUGUCUUCAUCGAUGAGAAGGGACAUCAAAUUCAGGCAUGUGUCAGGAAUGAAUUAAUUCCAAACUUUGAAGAUCUUAUUAAGGAAGAUGGUGUUUAUGUUCUUCGUAAAUUUGGCGUGGGUGUCCAGGGUGAUUUAUAUCCUGUUGUAGGUCUAAAGAAGAAGAUCAACUUUUAUCGUUGUACCUCUGUGACUCCUGUUGAAGCAUUCAGUGGUGAUCCUUAUGGGUUUCACUUCUGGAAGUUUGAUGACAUUAACAAAGGCAAAGCUGUAGAAGUUAAAAUAGUUGAUGUUCUGGGUAGGCUUGCUUGGUGUGGUGAUUUGGACAUCUGGACAACUAAAGCUAAAGAGACUAAAAGACUCAUAUUCGAUUUGCAGGACUUGGAGGGUGUUGUGCUUAAAUGUACUUUUUGGGGUGACUUUGCUAAUGAAUUUCAUAAAUAUGUGUCUUCUAAUACUCAAACUAAUGAGAUGAAUGAUAAGUUUAGUACUCGAAUUUUUUUCAAUGAAGAUCUUGAUGAGGCAAACAAGUUAAGAAGGAGUCUGAUAGCCAAAGGUGAUAAAGAGGGUACAUCAACAACUUUGACCCAAUUGUCAACUCAAACUAAUUACCCACUUCGCAAUGAUUUCUUGGUUGUCACUCCUAGAAAGUAUGUGGAAGACAUUCUUGAAACUGAAAAGGACAAAUUCUGUGUGGUACUGGCCACCACUACAACUCUUGAACCAGAGUAUGGUUGGUACUACAUAGCUUGCCGCACUUGUCAGUUUAAAGUGUACUCAAAGAUGGAAUUCUUGACAAAGGCCAGUGAAAUACCUGAAGGUUUUGAGGAAGCACCAGGAGAAAGUAUGUGGUGUGUCCAAUGCAAGAACAUGGCUAAUUCUAUGAUGCCUAAGCUUAAGUUUCAAUUUAAGGUCCAAGACAAAACUGGUUCUGUAUCUUUCAUAUUGUUUGAUAAAGAGGUUAUGAAGAUUCUAGGAAUUUCUGCAAUUGAUAUUCGUGAUAGGCAACUUAAGUCUGAUGAUAUGGACUCAUUCCCUCAUGAACUAGAUGGUUUGCUUAACAAGUUGCUCGCUUUCAAAAUCAAAGUCUCUGCUUACAAUAUUGAUAACCAGAAGUAUGUAUAUACUAUAAAGCAGUUUACCGAUGAUCCAGAAAUCAUAUCUGAGUUAAUGGAGAAUGAUGAUGCAAAUGAUCAGGAUAUCCCAGAACCUCAAGUUGGUGAAAUUGAUACUGAUGCUGCGUCUGUUACCGGAGGUUCUUUGGCAUGUGAGGUUGUGAAAGACACUGCAAUCGGUCUUGGGAAACGGUCGAAUCCAGAUUUGAAUGAAGAUAACAAGUCCUUUGUUAGCCCUGGUGUUUCUUCUGAAGCUAACCAAGACAAGACCUCUACAAACAAAAGGGCGAAGAAGAAGAAUAUGAAAUAUAAUGCAUAG